CGCUCCCGGAAGCGCACGGCGGGGCCGGUGGCCCGGCGGGGUUUUUUUCUUCCGGGCGGCGGGCGCCAUGAGCGACGUGGUGGAGCGGACGCUGAGCGCGUUGCCCGGGCUGCUGGGGCAACACGACCCGGGCGCCGGCCCGGGGGGCGCCGGUGGCCCAGGCAGAGCUUCCGCCACCUCCCGGCUCGGGAGCCUCAUCCGGAGCAUCACGGCGCUCACCUCCAAGCAUGAAGAAGAGAAAUUAAUCCAGCAGGAGCUAACCAGUUUGAAAGCAACAGUUUCUGCCCCAAACACAACACUUAGACUGAUGAAAGAAUGUAUGGUGAGAUUCAUCUACUGUGAAAUGCUGGGCUAUGAGUCUUCCUUUGGAUAUAUCCAUGCAAUCAAGCUUGCACAGCAAGGAAAUCUUUUGGAGAAAAGAGUUGGUUACUUGGCAGUGUCUUUAUUUCUCCAUGAAAAUCAUGAACUGCUACUCCUGCUAGUGAACACAGUUGUGAAGGACUUACAGAGCACUAAUCUAGUAGAGGUGUGCAUGGCGUUAACCGUUGUCAGCCAGAUCUUUCCACGGGAGAUGAUUCCAGCUGUUCUUCCCCUAAUAGAAGACAAGCUCCAGCAUUCUAAGGAAAUUAUCCGAAGAAAAGCUGUUCAAGCUUUAUAUAAAUUCUAUCUCAUUGCUCCUAACCAAGUUCAGCAUAUUCAUGAUAAGUUCCGGAAAGCCUUAUGUGACAGGGAUCCUGGGGUCAUGGCUGCUUCUUUGCAUAUUUAUCUUCAAAUGAUUAAGGAAGACUCGUCCGGAUACAAGGACUUGACCGGGAGUUUUGUUACCAUCCUAAAGCAAGUGGUGGGAGGGAAGCUCCCUGUUGACUUCAACUACCACAGCGUGCCAGCGCCCUGGCUGCAGAUUCAGCUCUUGAGAAUACUGGGGCUGUUAGGAAAAGACGAUCCAAGCACAAGUGAAUUGAUGUAUGAUGUUCUGGAUGAAUCUUUAAGAAGAGCAGAUAUAAAUCAUAAUAUUACAUAUGCCAUCUUGUUUGAAUGUGUCCAGACAAUUUAUACCAUUCAUCCCAAAUCCGAACUACUUGAAAAGGCUGCCAAGUGCAUUGGAAAAUUUGUUUUGUCCCCCAAAAUUAAUUUAAAAUAUUUAGGUUUAAAGGCUCUGACCUACGUUAUCCAGCAGGACCCUAAUCUGGCCCUUCAGCACCAGAUGACAAUAAUUGAAUGUCUGGACCAUCCAGAUUCCAUUAUUAAAAGGGAGACUUUAGAGCUUCUCUAUAGAAUUACAAAUGGACAGAAUGUAAUUGUCAUAGUUCAGAAGAUGCUUGGCUACUUAAAAGAAAGCAAGGAGGAAUACGCUAUCAUCAACUUAGUGGGCAAAAUAGCAGAACUAGCUGAGAAGUAUGCCCCUGACAACGAGUGGUUCAUCCAAACCAUGAACGCUGUGUUUUCAGUUGGAGGUGACGUUGUGCAUCCCGAAAUCCCAAACAACUUCCUGAGGCUGUUGGCUGAAGGAUUUGAUGACGGAAAAGAAGAUGAUCAGCUUCGGGUGUAUGCAGUGCGGUCCUAUUUAGCAUUACUUGGCGAGGAAGGUGCAUUGUAUCCACAGAAAUUCCUUCAAGUUAUGAGCUGGGUGUUGGGGGAAUAUUCCAGCCUUGUUACAGAUGUUGAUCCAGAAGUUAUUCUGACAAAGCUACACAGUUUGCUCAAGAAGACUUUUGUUACUUCUGAAACCAAAGCGUGGGUAAUGGCUGCGGUCACCAAGAUAGCAUCGCGUACCUCCCGUUCAAAAACAGUUGACAAACUGAUCCAGGAAUUCAGCAGCUCUCUAGAUACGUGCAUGAGACAACACGCCUUUGAACUGAAGCACCUGUGUGAAGACAAAGCACUGAUGGAAAACGUGCUUCCCUUUGAUGCCAGUUGCAAUGAGAUGGUGGUAGACGCUUCCUUAUCUUUUCUGGAUGGGUUUGUGGCUGAGGGGCUGGGUCGUGGUGCAGCACCGUACAAGCCUCAUCACCAGAGACAAGAGGAGAAGCUUUCUCAGGAAAAAGCUCUGAAUUUUGAACCUUAUGGAUUGUCAUUUGCUUCAAGUGUGUCGGCAUCUGGUGUCACGGGCAGGCAGUCCCCCACCGGCUUAUCUUUUGGUUCUGAUACCUCCGGUAAUAGUGCUGAGACAGGGCAUAAAGAGACAAAUAGUCUGAAACUUGAGGGAGUACGCAAGCUAUGGGGAAAGGAAGGCUAUCUUCCAAAGAAAGAAAACAAAGCAGGGAAGGCAAACGAGCCACAAAGUGUUUCUUGCGGCAGCUUAUUGGCAGGACAGGUGGGUGAUGCUCCUGCAUCGCACUCUGAUCGAGCUGCCGGCCUCCCCCAGCAAGACAGAGAGAAGCAGCACUUGGCAUCAACUUUGUUUGUCGGGCUGGGAUCAAAUGCUGCUGUCAGUCUGAUGGGGAAAAUGGACACAGCUACUCAGAAAUUCAAAAGAAAAUCAAAGAUAACUGAAGCUCAAAACAGUGAGGAGGUGUCAGACUUCCGAAAUAGUGCUGCUUUAGAUUUUGGUCCCUUACUCGAUACAGUACCUGUUAGUGUGGAAGACUACGAGAGAAAUAUUCACACAAGGUUAAGGGAAGCCUCCCAGUGUUCUUCAGGUAUUGUAGAAGAUAAUUUAGGAUCUGAAACACCUCAAUCCCUAAAAGCAUCUGGACCGGAUGACAGACUUUCGGACAGUAGGCCGUCACAGUCGUCUUUGUUUGCUGAUAGUAACAUUGACAUUUUUCAGCCUUCCCCGGGCGCUCGGUGUGAAGGUGCCGGUCAGGCGCGGCUGGGCCCUUCCUUGCCAGCCGAGCUGGAGGCGCUCGCUCGCUCCGCGGUGCUGGCGCUGGCUCAGAGCGAUGCCUUGGCGCUGUAUUCCUGCAAGCUGUGGACAGAUGACUCCUUGUUGCUCGCUGUUUUUCUUUCAAACAAAACCACGUCUGCACUUCGUGCUGUGAACUUAGUGUUUGAAGAAGCAGAACAUUUUCAGAUUGUGGAGAGUCCCAGCUGCCAGUUUCCCGUGAUUGAAGCUCAAGGUGUGGAGCGUUGCCAGAGGUGCGUGCGCAUGGGCAGAAUCUGUACACAGGGAGUGCUUUCUGGCUUCGUUAAUUACCAGACAGAGGUGGAGGCUCGCCUGGAAUUUUCUAUAGCUUUGUCAUUGGUGGACUUCAUCAGGCCAAUGGAAAUGACUACAGAAGACUUUGGGAAGUUGUGGUUGUCUCUUUCGAAUGAUGUAAAACAGAACGUAAAAAUGCCAUCUUCUCAAGGUUCCCUUUCCGCAGCUCUGAAUACGCUGCAACAGAAGCUGAAACUCUAUAUAGUUGAUGUUAUCGGUAACGAGGGGGUCCUGGCGUGCCGGCUGCUGCCGUCGGUGCCCUGCCUGCUGCACUGCCGCACUCACGCGGGGAUGCUGGCUCUGUGGUUCAGGUCGCCCUGUGCUGCCCUUCCGGACGGUUUGCUUUAUCACUGCCAAAAGGUGAUGGAGGAAUCCCAAUAGCAGCAGUGCCUGCCUUAAUCCGCUCGGUGUGUGAAAAGCAAAUCAAGGAUUUCAAGAGUUGCACAGAUAAUUACCAAAGCUAAAUGAAGAUACUGCUUCUCAGAAGUAGCACAGGUUUUCUUCCAGCUGGCAUACAUCAUGUGGACUUUGGGGGGGAAGAGUGGUGACCCAAAUGAUGCCUGCAAAAACGUGCUCAGGACUGUACAGUGACUAACAAGUAAUCCAUUGAACUGUUGUUACCUGUUGAAGUGAAAUGUAUAUUUCUUAAUUUUGUUGUAAAUGACUGAAAGUAUUUAUUUUUAUUAUGCAGCUUUUAUAGAUGCCAACAAUUUUUCCUCAUAGCAACCACUUAAAUAUGAUUUUAAAGAAAAUAUAUCUCCAUUAUGAGGUCAGACGAUCAGUUAUCAGGAUCAUCUAAUUUUAUUUUGAUAAUUUUUCUAAAGCUAUUUCUAAGCACUGCUGGCGAGACCCCUGUUGGUGGUUGUGUAAAGUAACUUAUGCAGCAACAAAUGCAUGUUUUGAAAAUAGUUAAAAGACUUUAGUGAGCAACACACUUGUCAUGAGCUUUGAUUUCUUUUUUUAUACCGUUUACGUGAUAAUGUCUAAAUAAGGUUUUGGUCGGGGGCAGAUGUGGCUCUGGAUGGAAGCACCUGCUGGGGGCUGAUCGGGGGCCCUCGGGGCUGGUUCCUGUCUGCAGCUCCUCCCGCCUGCUGUGACAUCGCGUUCCUUCCCGUAUCGGAGUGGAGGUGCUUGGCGCUCUGGUCGUUGCUCUCUGGUCAGUCCGUAAUCUUAUUCUGUCCCUGUCCAGGAAAAUUGACAUGGAGGAAUUUCUCAUUUAUUUUUGCUUCUAAUUACUUAUAGCCUGAGUGUGACUCAAAGCUUUGACUUGCCCAGGUGUGGCUGUGCUGUGUGUGCAUGGCUGGGAACCGUGGUGAGGCAUCACAUCUACAUUGGAGCAGCAGACGUGAUACAUGGGUCCGGUUAGGUUGUCUCCUUUACUUCCUGAGAUAACCUCAGUCUUGAAAAUCCAACAAUCGUCAUUUACUUGGAUGCUAAAUGACAACUUUUAAUACUGUUUAAUAUUGGUUAUAACUGGUUAUACUUUUAUUUAAAAAAAUCAAAGACUAUACACAUGGUUCAGAUGUGAUAUAAAUGGAUUCUAUGGCAGAAUUCUUCCUUGGAGUGUUUAAUGUCAAAGAGGAAACUGUUUUAUUUCAGUGUUACUGAUUCUCACCUGAUAAGCACUGGCUGUAAAGGAAAAUGAAGUACACAAACUGCUCUGUGACUCUGCUGAUGUUUUGGCAGGUGUUCAUGGAAUCAUCAUAAGAAUGUUAAUGUGUUAAUGUUUCUUUUUGUUUGCUCAUUUCUUUGUUUUAAAUCAGCCCACUUGUGCUAUCACAAGAAUAUAAGCAAAGUUCCUUUUUUAUUGCUGCUUCAGUACCCGUUUACUGGGGAGUUUAAAGUGCACUGAACCUGUAAAUGCACUUAACGUUCUGCAUACUCUCAUGUUUACUUGGCACUUCAAGAAAGUUUCUGCAAAUAAAAACUGAUGUAUAGUGGAAUAAUUUCCAGCAGACUGUGUCCCUGCUGGUAAAUCAGACUCGUGUUAUGCAAGUGGACUUGUGUAAUCACACGAACUACAGUGGAAGUAUCUGGGCUAUGCAUUUAAACCAUUUCAGCAAUGUGGUGGUCAGUGUCCUAGUGUUUAAAAAGAACAGCAAAAACCAAUAUUGCCUUCUGUUGUUCAUGUUCUUUGUAACCUUUUCCACUGUACGAAUAGUGUAUGUUAAGAUGUCAGUAUGUAGAUUUGAAGAGCUUCAUCAUAACCCCACAUAAAGGGCUUUAUGGAGCACUGUACCUCUGUCAGUCUUAAUUUUUAGAUUGCCCAGCAAAUAUUUUUUCUUUAUCACCAUCUUUGCCUUUCUUGUAGUUUAAUAAAAUUCAGUUUCAUUUUAAAAAA